AUGCUUUUGGCAUGUUGUGAAGCUGUCAAUCUGUAUUGUGUUUAUGAAUAUGGGAGGAAUGCAAAUUUCAGAUGGCCACUGCUCUUUCCAUUGUUGCACCAAACCAUGGGACUGAACAAGGAUAGCAUUCUGCUCAAUCUUCUUAUUGUAAUUUCAGUUGUGGAAUGGAUUCUGAUGUGGGUGAUAAGUUUGCCUUCUACAAUCAAAGAUGCGGCACAAAAGAUAACUCAAAAGGAUGGUAGAAUCUUCCAUUUUUACAAACCGCUACCAAAUUCUCUAUCUCUAUCAUCAGCAUCUGAAUCCUGGUCGAUUUGGGCCAAAUCAACCAACGGUGAUCUACUUGGGACUGAUAGUGGUGUAUUCAUGAGCACCGAAGCAGAUAUUUUUCCAAAAGAAGCUACAAGAUCCUACAAAUUCAAACAAACAAGGCGAACGGAAAAGAAGAAAGACUAUCCACCGCCAAUUCCUACACUGCCACCGCCCAUGGGCAACCUUUCGAUCCAAAAUCCAUGCUAUCUCUCUAGAAACUAUUGUGAUGGUAGGCUGAUUCUUCGACUGGAGAUUGUGAAAAGUUAUGAGUACUUUGAAUCCAUUAGAGAAGAUGGGUGUUUGAUGUUAAAUCUUAAACGCUUUGAGAUAGACAAUGAUGAGAAUUUAGAGGAACAAGAAGAUCUUCAAUUAUCUGCAGGCAAAGACAAGGGUAUGAGUGAGAAUUAUGAUCCUUCGAUUACAGAUGACAUUUUACAAAAUGGAUCAGUCCUGAAUUUUGCUUCUCUGAUGACUGGAAGUACAUUCAUAGAUGGUAUCAACACUUUUGGAGACAUGCAUGGCAAUACUAUCACAGCAGUGUAG